CGGCGCGCGACCUCUUCUGGCGUGGUGCUCACUGGAGUCAAUCCUCUAUACAGGCGCUAGUAUCUGGAGAGCGCGAGGAUGACCGCGGUUAAUCCGCCCAACACUGGUAUUCUACCAGGGACUUUGUCCCAUGUUGCUAGUCCUACACUCCCUAUCACCCCCACGACAAUCUCUAUCAGCCUCCCUACGUCCAGUCUCACCUCCGCCUCCACAGCGCCAACCACGACUGCGGUGAUCACCUUGCAUGCUGUUGAAAACAUGACCACUUGCGGCUCAGGGACCGUCACCUGGGACUUCAGCGGAUCCCCUGGAGGCGAUCUCUCAAUUCUGGUUAUGAAUGUCAAUGACACCUCCCAUUCCAGCCAGUACUUGAGUACCAACCUUGAUCCAGCUUCCGAAACUUGGACAUGGUCGAAGGUGAACGUCUCCCAAGGAUGGUAUGAUCUGGAAGCGUACAUAUCGUAUCCGUCCUCCUCUGACCGUGUUUCCGACUUCAAACAAUUCUACAUAUCUAAUGGCACUGACACCUCGUGCCUACUGGGAUCCUCGGGAUCAAAUCCCGCAAGUACCCCUUCCACGUCUUCGACCGCUCUGCCCGUUUCUGGUCUGCCGCCGUCGCGCCACACCAACGUUGGAGCCAUCGUCGGCGGCGUCCUGGGGGGCCUGGCAGGCCUUUUCUUCCUCCUCGCAGCUUUCCUUUUCUUCCGAACUGGCAGGCCUUCGCGCACCCGCGCCCGCAGCCUGUCGGCUGGCAUAGGUCCUGCAGGUGGCUGGGGUGGCCUCAACUCCGGCGACGAUGGCCGUGGCCGCACGAAAGCCCAACACCUCCCGAAUGAGUCGGUUGCCACAGUCGCGCCGCGCUACUCGCCCGCCGUGUCCGAGUCCGAGCUUAACUCUGUGGAACACGAGAAAAUGGCCGCGGCGCGUGGGUUCGACCCCGUCACCGCGCAGGCGCUGGGGUACAACGUCAAGCGCUCGUCGACGACGUCCUCGCUCGCGAGCACGGUGCUCAGCUCCCGCCCGCCUUCGACCUCUGCGCACCCUCCGGGGAUUGCCAAGCGCAACAGCCAAAGCAGGCGGUCCCUCGAGGCCGGGUCCCCGCGCCGCGUCCCGGUCCCGCCCAUCUCGUACAUGCCUCCGUCCCAUGUACAAGACCAGUAUCCCUACCCACCGUCGCCGCAGAGCCAGAGCCCGGAGCCUGUUGCGCUGUCUCGCUCGGCGUCCACGGGAAAUCGCCGCACGCCCCGCAAGCCCGUGCCCAAGUACGACGCUGCAGAGUUCACGGACGCUGAGAACGAGGUGCCUACGGCUCCGUCCAGCACGCAGCACCAGAACAUCGGCCUGCCAGAGCUCAACCACAAGUCUAGUUUCGGAGAGAAGAAGAUGCAUUAUAUAUUGCCCGAUAUGCCUCCGUCUGCUGCUGAGUAGACACGGGACGAUUAUGUGUCCUCUAAUAUGUGGAUGUUUCAUAUACUGACCUUGGAAAUUCACUUCACAGCCUACGUGCCUGUUUAUGCCUAUCCCUUCCUACGAACUGCACAUGUCUCCCUUGUUCCGGACUAUUCCUAAUGCCGAUCCUACAUCCUUCCCUGAUGGCUUUAACGCUGACUUUUCGUUCUUCUUCCCCCGGGGGUUUCGAUCUAGCUUAUGACUCACGAAUGUUGUGCUUUGUUUCACUACCGUAACCCUGUACGCCUACUACUUGUACUCACUCCGUCCAUCUCUGUCCAAACCUUGUCGCGCUUGCACUACUCGGUC